GUUGUCGCCUAUGUUGACAUUCGCUCACCUUUCGGUAAUCCAGAAAAUGUGGUUGCGGAACGUCUUUCCUCACUUGGUGCGAUAGUCGAAAGAACCCGUAGUGCAUUCGUUACCCACGUUGUUUUCCGCAACGGUGACCCCAUGACAAGGUUGUGGGCAGAGAAACGGGGUAUAAAUUUAGUGACACCAGCUUGGGUUAAAGCUUGCGUCGAAGGAAAUUCUCGAGUCCCGGAAGCCUGCUAUUACCUCAGGGACAAACAGGAUGUUGACAUGGCUGAAGACCCAAGUUUUGUUAACAAUUCUGUUUCUUUGGUUCAAAGAAUUGAUUCUGUCGCUUCGGUUGAUGCUCAUGCAACGCAAAAAUCUAUUCUAGAAAAAUCGUCGACUGACCCCUCUGUAAUCGAAAAUUUUAUUUCAAAUCCGAGUACACCUCUCUCCACGCGUUUGUUGCAAAGCUGUUCAGACUCACGUGCAAUGAAUUCCGAUUCUCUCAAAGAAUUGGGACCCCAAACGGUCGCUGGUAUCUCGUUAACAGGAUCCUCAUAUACUCAAGUGGAGCUCUCUAAUUUGACGACCCAAUUUAGUUUCCCCGAUUCCCACUUUACUCCCCCACUACAGUCAACUAUCCCUCCAUCGUCUUUAUCAGUUGUUCCUAGUUUGCCUCCUGCUUCCGAAAGGCCUCCCCCCGGCUGGAUGCGUCCUCCCUUGUCACCAAAAAACGUUGAUUCUUCAUCUUUCUUCAUAACCUUCAAAGAACAGCCGACAGUAGUCUCGAGACCGAGACUUUCAGAUGUUUUUGGAUCGACUGCGCUGCCACACAAACCAUUUUCUCCCGACAACCUUCACUUUUUUGUCCAGAAUCUCUCAUCGUCUACUGGGACCCACAGGAAUUGGGCAGUAGACAAGAAAUCCCCUUCUCAUUCACCUAUGAGAGUGACGCCCGGCUCCCAGAAAAGCAGCAAACCCAAAUCUUCGCCAGUCACUUACUCAAAAAAGACACCAACUAGACGUCGUUCAUCCUUGCGCAGACGACUUCUCAAAAAGGCAGUACAGUCAAGUAGUGACCAUAAAAUUUUCCCGAUGAAUGCAACAUCACUGAUUUCUAGCACCAUGUUGGGCAAUCAUCAUAAACAAACAUGCUCUUCUAUGUUUUCCAGCUUAAAGUCGGGGAACCUGUGCAUGAAACAAAAUUCGGCCUUUUCCCAUUCGAUAGGAAAAUAUAGUGAAGGGCACUGGGAAGAAAAAGACGGCCUGGCUACAUCAGAUAAAAGAAUACUAUCCUCUAAAUCGUCAGUUCUGCCAUCGGUUGCGCCGCGAAGCACCUCUUUACGAAUGCCAGAAAAAAUUGACAUUCAAGUGAGGUCGGUUGUGAAGCCGUUGUCCGGGUUGCCGCGUGUAGGAUCGGCAGAAACAACAGCCACUCCCAAGUCCAGAAAAAGAUUUCUAGAAAGGACUGUGGACUCGCUUGUCGUAGACUCAGAAAUAAGUCUGAAGCCGCUGACAAUAAGUCUCAGUUUGACUAAUAUGCCAAUUUUCUUCAGCCAACGACAAACACUCAUUGCAUUGCUUCGCUCAAGCUAUAAGCUUAGCCAACUUGAGGUCGUCCCUGCGCUAAACCGUCGACUCUGUGGAGACGCUAGCGGUGUCGUUCAGAAACAGCGUACCCCAAUCAUCGCUGAGACAGAGGAUACGGACCAGCGGUGGAGUGUAACAGACAGUCUCCACCCUGAAACCACAACGCAUCUCGUCUCCACGUCACCUUUUCCUCGCACAAUAAACCUUUUCAAAGCAGUAAUGGCUUCUAUUCCUGUAGUGGAUCAAGCCUGGCUUGAAGAAUCUGCCAAGGAAGGUAAAUGGCUGCCGUAUGAACGCUUUCUGGUAAGUUUUUUAGCCUGGCUACUCGUCCUCGACUUCAGUCACUACCUUGUCGCGGGUUUACCCCCCUCAGAGGUGGCUCCUGAAUUGCGAAAGCUCUUCUCCACAGUGGGCAACAUUUUUGUGGCUCCUGGACUUUCUCCUUCUUCGUCGGAUCUUAAAGAAAUCAUCAAAAUGGGUGGUGGCUCUAUAUCAAAACGCACGAUCGGCGCAGAUUUGAUUAUCGGUCAAAUGGACAAGAAAAAGCCGUGUGUUACACCGAAAUGGCUGCUAGAUAUCAUGAAGUUCCGGGUUUGGUCCAACGACAGUGGGUCCAUUGAUUAUUUUGCAGACACAAUUCAGAUGGUCGCGGGAUUGGCUAAAGGCUGUGUCCUUCGCAUCAGAAAAGAAAGCAUGAGUUUCAUUAUGCGUGAGCGCAACGUCCAAGGCGGCGCUGAGGCUUGGUGCGACAUUGAACAGGCGAGCGUCUUCUCAGACAGUGUGUGCGAGGGUCUCUCACCGGAACAGGACGAGAUAUUGCUUGAAGUAAUUCCCGAACAGAUCUUGCAUUGCCUGCGAAGCACCGGUGCCGCAGGCGUCGGUCUAGGAGGUGGAGGGCUUGGUUCGCAGACGCACACCGCGGUGGGGAGCUCGGGGUUCACGUUGCCUCGUGGACAAACGACGCUUCAUAGCUUCGUCAACACUGCAAGAAGCUUGAAAAUCAAACUGGUCAGACGAAAAACUCCGUGUCUUGCGCUGGAAGUUGAACAGGCCAGUAUAAGUGGUCGCUCGAGGGCAGUCUGGCACUUUGUUCCAGUGCACAUUCUUUCACUUCGACUUUGGUCGGAUUUUGAAGAGGCUCCUGAUCCAGAUUUUGACUUGAGCAUUUUUCUUCCGCCUGUGAAAACCCUUCGUGUCUUUGUCGACCGCAUGAAACGCUUUGCAAGGUUCAUUACCAUCAAGGCAAACGGCGCUGGUGACCUUUGCUUGGAAAUAAACAUGGAGACCCUGGCUCGUGUACGCCUCACCUUCCGAGGGCUGCGGGCACGUGACUGGCACCUGCCGGAAGGUGAGGCUUUGACUGGGGAAGAUGCGGCGAUUUCCGUUUUUUCUGCCACUUUAGACAUUCGCCGAUUCGGACAGCUUCUUUCCUGUGCACGGGUUCAACCUAAUUGGUUUGUCUGUAAUAUUGUGCAGGACCAUAUUAUCCAGUUUGUGAUGCUUUUUGAAAACUCGCGCCUGAAGUACACACUUCCGGCUUCUCGUCUCUGA